GGGAAAGGGCUAGGCUCAGAAUCGUUCAUUGAGGCUGCGCAGGAAGUAGAGCCCCUGCCGGGAGGCUGGUAGUCCUGGCAACGGAGGGGACCAUUUGUCAACAGUGUAUUAGCUCCCGCGCAGCUCAGCAGAGGUGAUAAAAGUCUCUUUCAAUGGCUCCCAAAGAAAAAAAGGCUCCCAAAGCAAAAAAGCCUCCCAAAACAAAAAAGGCUGGUUCUCCUGAAAAGAAAAAGAAACUUUCUAGAAUUGAGCGACUGAGACAGCAACAAGAGGAGGAAGAAAGAAAACUGAAGGAGGAAGAGGAAGCCCGUUUGAAAGCUGAACGGGAAGCAGCAGAGAAACUUGAAAAACAACAAGCUAAAGCUCGUAAGUGGCAAGCAUUAAUAGAAAAGGCUGAAUCUAGGAAAAAUGAUGAACUUGAAGAACUUUAUUUAUUAGAGAAAUGUUUUCUUGAUGCAGAGAAAACGAAAAAAGAGGUUAGAGUCUUUUCUAAAUGGAAACAUUAUAUUGAAUGUGAUGGAACUCCUGAUCCUUGUAUAACACAAGAGAUAAAUACUUACAUUAGUUUGUGGAAAGAAAAGACAAAUGAAGAUAUUGAUACCGUAAUGAAAGAGAGUAAACUAGUGUUAAGUUUAAUUGAGAAACUGGAAUUAGCAUUAUUGGAUACACCACCACAUGAGCUGACAUAUAAACAAAUAGAACAAUACCAAGGAUCAAUCCUAGAACUGCGAGAACUUCUUCACUUUAAGUUCAGUGAAGCCACAGAAACUCUCCUUAAAGAAGCCAGUUCUUUAGUCGAUACUGACAGUGGAAAUAUGGAGAAGAUCAUUAAAGAUGAAAAUAUCACUUUGUAUGUUUGGGCAAACCUCAAGAAGAAUCCAAAGUAUAAAAGGAUCAAAUUUGGUGACACUGGAGUUGGAUUUGAAAUUCCAAAGGCACUAGCAACAAGUGAUAUUGCUGUCCGUAUUUUUCACACUAAUUAUGAUCACGUUUCUCCACUGCCUAUGAUUCCAAGGUUAGCAAAAUCAGAAAUCACUGACGUAAUUAUUGAAGAUUCCGCAGAAAAAGAAACUGCUAAGGAUGAAGAAGUUCCUCAGGCAGGCUUAGAGGAAGUGGCUGAAAAUCAAGAAUUAAUGACUUCUUCAAUUUUUGAAAUGGACAUGACAAAAACGGAAUCAUCCCUUGUUAAUUCCAAAAAGAGUAUGAUUUCAGUAAAAGAUUAUGCUGAAGUGAAAAAAGAUGAAAUUGAAUUAAAAUCAUUAAGGAGUGAUACAUAUUCAUUAAGUUUAUUGGCACCAGCAACAAAGAUAUCAGUACCAGAUUCUAUUUAUGAAAUUGUUAAUGAUGAGGAUAUAGUUGAUUUAAAAGGAUUCAUGCCACUUGGUGGAAUAUACCAUUUGAAUAUACUGAAGCUUCCCCCACAGAGUAAACAUGUAAAAGGCUGGACCAUUGUUGAACUCCUUAGUGGAGGAUUACAGCCAUUUGUGUAUCCUCCAGAGAUCAUAGAAGAAACUACUGAAACUGAAAACCCUUACCCACCUAUUGAGAUCUUCAUUGAAAUAAAAAAAAAUGUAGUUUUUUUUGAGAAACCUAUGGUUGCACGAUGGGAUUCACAAGGCAAAGGUUGGCGAACUGAUGGCUUUUUCAGCCUCUAUUAUGACAUGACGGAAAGGACUAUAUCAUUCAGUUUGGAAUCUGUUUUUCCUGUCACAUUGAUUCAAGAUAUUCACGUUCAUAUGCCAUUUGAGUCAUGGGAACUGAAACCAAUUAGUUUGAAUGAGGCAGUUUUAAAUAUUACCACAGCAUAUACUGAUAUUGAUAUACAAAUUAAGGAUAACCAGUGUAUGCUAGCCUCAGUUGAGCUAGGUGAUGAAUAUGAGCUCUCUCAUUUGUUGGGAAAAUGGAUGAAUAUUACUAAUUUAAUAAUUGCUAUGAAAGAUACUGGAUUUAAUAUCUUCCCAUCUGAGCAUUCUCAUAUUUAUGUUGCUGUGAAUUAUAAGGAUCCAUUAGUAGAAAUGAAAUCUUAUCGACAAAUGGCACUGAUGGCAUCUGCCUAUUCAUUUGGCUGGAGUAAGUGGAAUAAGUAUUCUGGUCCUGGAAAAGUCGUUAUUAAGGCGAGUGAACUUCUUGAAAAAAAAUAUGUUGCAGAUAAUAAGUGGUCCCUUUUCAUGUUUGAUGGUGAAAGAGCACAAAAACUCAAGAUUAAUGAAUUCAGUGAGGAGUUUUCAGAAGAAUUAGAUGAUAAUACUGAAUUUCAUUCUACUUUGUAUCACAUGAUCAAGGAUUUUACUAGUGAGGCAGCACUAAAGAAAAUCAGGGACACAGACUACCUAUUUAUUGAUGUUGUAUGCAAACUUCUACUCUCCACUAGAUUGCUAACCUUUUCUUAAUGCCUAUACAUUUGUUAAAAUUUGAUGAAUCAAGUACAUUUGAAAAAAAAAUCAGGUAUUUAUUCAGCUAAAUAUUGAAAAAGAAGUCUUAACUUAAAUUUCCCUUACCAUUGUCUGCUUACCAUUUUUAAACUCAACUUUUAUUUUUGAAUAAAAGAUUUGUAAUAGAAUAUUUAGGCAUGUUGAGAAUUUUAACUACCAUCAUAUUAAAACUGUAAUGAUUCUUUAUUUCCUUAACAUUUCACAGUGAAUAAAACAGUACAAACUUUCUUCACAAA